ACAUGGCGCCAGUGGCCUGCUCGCGCGCCGGGGGUGGGCGUGUGCAAGGGCGGCCGCCAUGUUGCGCGCGAGUGUGCGCGGAGUGAAUGAGGCGUCAUCGCUCCCACCGCGGCGGUGUAGCGAAGCGGAGUGCGGCCUCUAUAAAACCGCUCGGAAACUUGGCUUUGGAGGCGCCGUAACUAAAUUGAAAGAAGCAAAAGCAUUAGAUCGAUAAAAUCCGUCCCUCUUCGUGAUCACCGUUGAUCUCGAAGUUCUCUCUGCGUGCAGAAGCAGCUGCCCGGCUCGGCUUGUAAAUCAUGCAGCGCCCCGCUCUGGGCUGGUCCGUCCCCGGCUUUCUGCUGCUCGUCGCCGGGCUGUGCGGCGCGGAAGCGCCCGACGCCUCCCUGGUGAACGAGGAGGUGAAGCGCACGGUGGACCUCAGCUCCCACCUCGCCAAGAUCACCGCGGAGAUCCUGCUGGCCAACCAGGGCGCCUCGCCGGCGCACAGCUUCGUGGUGGCGCUGGAGCCGGAGCUCGCCGGACACCUGGCGUUCGUCGGGGUGACGGUGAAGGGCGAGGAAGAGGAGGACAGCGCCCUGGAGCUGCAGGAGACGACGGUCAGAGGUCAAAGCGGCAGGUUUUUCCGGGCGCAGCUGCCCUCGGCGCUGGCGGGGGGCGCCCGUCUGCGCGUGGCGGUGGAGACGGUGUUCACCCACGUGCUGCGGCCCUUCCCCACCCGGAUCACGCAGGCCGAGCGCCAGCUGGUGGUCUUCGAGGGCAGCCACUACCUGUACUCGCCCUACGCCACGCGCGCGCAGAGCACCCGCGUGCGGCUGGCCUCCAAGACCGUGGAGAGCUACACCAAGCUGGGCAGCCCCAGCCGGAGCGAGGAGGUCAUCGAGUACGGCCCCUUCCGCGACGUCGCCCCCUACAGCCAGGACGCCAUGAAGAUCCACUACGAGAACAACAGCCCCUUCCUGACCAUCAGCAGCCUCACGCGCACCAUCGAGGUGUCGCACUGGGGCAACAUCGCGGUGGAGGAGACGGUGGACCUGCGCCACACCGGCGCCACGCUCCGGGGGCCCUUCUCCCGCUACGACUACCAGCGCCAGUCCGACAGCGGCGUCUCCUCCAUCAAGUCCUUCAAGACCAUCCUGCCGGCUGCGGCCCAGGACGUCUAUUACCGGGACGAGAUCGGCAACAUCUCCACCUCCCACCUGCUGGUGCUGGAGGACUCCGUGGAGAUGGAGAUCCGGCCACGCUUCCCGCUGUUCGGAGGCUGGAAGACUCAUUACAUCAUCGGGUACAACCUGCCCAGCUACGAGUACCUCUACACCCUGGGUGACCAGUACGCUCUGAAGAUGCGGCUGGUGGACCAUGUGUUUGACGACCAGGUGAUGGACUCCCUCACGCUGAAGAUCAUCCUGCCCGAGGGAGCCAGGAAUAUCCAUGUGGACACUCCCUACCCCAUCGACCGCAUUCCCGACCAGCUGCACUACACCUACCUGGACACCUUCGGCAGGCCCGUCGUCGUGGCGACCAAGACCAACCUCGUGGAGCAGCACAUCCAGGACAUGGUGGUCCACUACACCUUCAACAAGAUCCUGAUGCUGCAGGAGCCCCUGCUGGUGGUCGGCGCUUUCUACAUCCUCUUCUUCACCGUCAUAGUGUACGUGCGCCUCGACUUCUCCAUCACCAAGGACCCUGCGGCCGAGGUGCGCAUGAAGGUGGCGUCCAUCACGGAGCAGGUGCUGACCCUGGUGAACCGCCGGCUGGGCCUGUACCGCCACUUCGACGAGGCCGUCAACAAGUACAAGCAGUCGCGCGACAGCGGCGCACUCAACAGCGGCCGCAAGACCCUGGAGGCGGAGCACCGCGCGCUGACCAACGAGAUCGCGUCGCUGCAGGCGCGCCUCAAGGCGGAGGGCUCCGACCUCGCGGACAAGGUGACGCCACCUGGAGGCGCCAGAGAGAACAGCCGGCUGCAGAGCAUUCCUGAUGUGAGGCCUGUGACAGCGGGCUGCAGCGCGCUGCCCUACGGACUGCCCGCCCUGCAGGUCCGGUGCCGGGAGUCCAGACCCGCCUGGUCGCCGGGUCCCUAUGCCCGGGCCGCUGCCUCUGACUGGACGCCGGCGCACGACGCCAUGAACGGUGCGCCUCCCCCGCCACGCCUGCUGGACCCGCAGACCCCCGCCGCUCUUCUGCUGUCCUGCUCCUGCCCCUCCUGUCCCGCGGCCGAGGCGUCCAGCUCCAGGCCAGGCCGGUCAGCCCAGCACUGGCCCCUGCAGGAGCAGGCCCUGCUCUCCAGCCUCUGUCUCCCCUCUUCCUCUUCUUCUUCGCUCAUUUGUCUUGUUGACACGGGAGGAACCCGGCCGCAGACCGAGCCCCUGCACAUGUCGCCACACCCAGGAUUGGCAGCGGUUACCCAGCCCAGGCGUGCUGCCCCCCCCCGCACGCCCCAGCGCAGGAAGGAGCGGGACCGGCGGGGGCGCAGGGCUGUUUCAGAACGUGCAGCUGCCCCGGCGCUGGGGCCGGGCCGGAGGGGCGCGGACAGCCCGGGCGGGCCGCUGGCGCGGGCGGGAGCGGGGCUCUGGUGCGGAGCAGUGCUGCCUGCCGCCACGCCCCCCGGCUGCUUCCUGUCCGCGGGGGUCAAGACGCGCUCGGCCAGCGGAGCCUGGGGGUGCCGCCGCGGUCGCUGGUGUGGGAGCGUCACGCUGCGGCCUCUAGAUCCGCAGAGAUUAAAGACCUCCCCCCCCAGCCCCCCCAGCCCCCACAGCCCCAGCGCCGCGCGCAGGUGUCUGAGCCGCGGAGACAGGAGACAGAGACGCAGGACAAUGGCUCGGCCUGUGUCCUCGCACCUGCAGCAGGCCUGGGCGGGGGAGGUGACAGACCGACCGUGGCUGGAGGGGCGCUUCCUGUCAGACCCCAGCACACUUCCUGUCCGGCUGGCGGGUGCAGGCAGCGUGGGCCUGACAGGAAGCCCCCACUCCCUCGGCGAGCGCGGAGCCGUGCCGCGCGCUGGCACGGCGUGCCACUCUGGGGACAGACCCGCGGGCGGCGAGGCCCGGGCACGGUGGCGCAGCACGGGGGAGAGCACUCGCUGGCUGCAGCUCGGGUUUGCACUUUAA